CCGCCUCGUCCCAAAAUGGUGGCGGCCCUUCUGAGAACAUGGCGGCCCGCGGCGGGGAGGCUCUCUGGGCUGGCGGUGGGACCCUCCGACCUCUCGGCAAUGCCUCCGGUCCGGACCCUCCGCAGCAUGCGGGAGCCGGGGCGGUCUCUCUGUCCCUGGGCACAGUCAGCCCCUGGGGCUUGCUCCUCCCCGUGGUCCCGAAGCGGGACGUGGCGGAGCGGGUUGGGAGCUGCGGGGCUGCUCGACGGUUUCGUGUUGGAGCGUGAGUGCAUCUCAGUCCAUGUUGGUCAGGCUGGUGUGCAGAUUGGCAAUGCCUGCUGGGAGCUGUACUGCCUGGAGCAUGGCAUCCAGCCCAAUGGUACCAUGCCAGCUGAUAAAACCAUUGGUGGAGGUGAUGAUUCCUUCAACACAUUCUUCAGUGAGACUGGUGCAGGGAAACACGUCCCUCGGGCUGUGUUUGUGGACCUUGAGCCAGCAGUAAUAGAUGAAGUUAGGACUGGGACAUACAAACAGCUCUUUCAUCCUGAACAACUGAUAUCUGGUAAAGAAGAUGCUGCAAAUAACUAUGCUCGAGGUCAUUACACAGUUGGGAAAGAGAUCAUUGAUCUUGUUCUAGAACGUAUCAGGAAACUGGCUGAUCAGUGCACUGGUUUGCAAGGUUUCCUGAUUUUCCACAGCUUUGGGGGAGGCACGGGCUCGGGUUUUACCUCUCUGCUGAUGGAGCGCCUGUCUGUUGACUAUGGGAAAAAAUCAAAAUUGGAAUUUGCCAUCUACCCUGCACCACAGGUCUCAACAGCUGUUGUUGAGCCUUACAACUCCAUCCUCACCACCCACACCACUCUGGAGCAUUCUGACUGUGCCUUCAUGGUUGACAACGAGGCCAUCUACGACAUCUGCCGCAGGAACCUGGACAUUGAGCGCCCGACCUACACCAACCUCAACCGCCUGAUUGGGCAGAUUGUCUCCUCCAUUACUGCUUCCCUCAGAUUCGAUGGUGCCUUAAAUGUGGAUCUUACUGAAUUCCAAACUAACUUGGUGCCUUACCCUCGUAUCCACUUCCCUCUGGUAACCUACUCCCCCAUCAUUUCAGCAGAGAAGGCCUAUCACGAGCAGCUCUCAGUGUCAGAGAUAACCAAUGCCUGCUUCGAGCCAUCCAACCAGAUGGUGAAGUGUGACCCUCGCCAUGGCAAGUACAUGGCCUGCUGCAUGCUGUAUCGUGGGGAUGUUGUCCCCAAGGAUGUCAAUGCUGCCAUUGCUGCUAUCAAAACCAAGCGCACCAUCCAGUUUGUGGACUGGUGCCCUACUGGUUUUAAGGUUGGCAUCAAUUACCAGCCACCAACAGUGGUUCCUGGUGGUGACCUGGCCAAAGUCCAGCGGGCAGUCUGCAUGCUGAGCAACACUACAGCCAUCGCUGAGGCUUGGGCUCGUCUGGACCACAAGUUUGAUUUGAUGUAUGCCAAACGUGCCUUUGUGCACUGGUAUGUUGGAGAAGGGAUGGAGGAGGGGGAGUUCUCAGAGGCUCGGGAAGAUUUGGCUGCACUUGAGAAAGAUUAUGAAGAAGUGGGCACAGACUCAGUGGAUGGAGAAGAUGAAGGUGAAGAAUAUUAAAUGCAACAAAAGUGAAUUGCAAGUCUGCUGUUUUUGUGCCUCUUCAGUAGCUGUGUAAAUCAUGUGAAAUAAUUGGAAUAAACUUCUUUAAUCAAG